AUGUGUAAAAAAUUUUUUAUCCUCUCUUUGAUCUUGUUAUUAUCAGCAUCUUAAUAGGACAGCCCAAAUUCGUGCACCUGUUAAUAAUUAUUAUCAGAAGCUGAUUGCAACAUAAAUAUCCAAAUGUACUUGGGAUCAAAAAAAAAAAUGUGUUCUAAAUUCAUAGAUUUACCAAGUAUUUCAUAUUGUAAUUCUUUUAAUUAAAUGAAUUGCCCAAAUACUUAUGGCUGUGCUUGGGUAGACAACUAAUGUACUUUUUUUACGGGAUAUACACCGUUCUCUAAAACAACAGACCCUGAAUGUCAAGCAAUAAGUAAUAGAUGUAUAACUGAUGGAUUUCAUUGUGUUGAAAUAGAUAAUUGUAAUACAUACAAGAAAUAAUUAAAUUGUGUCAAAGAUUUAAAAAAAAAAUUAUGCUUUUGGGAUACAACAAAUAAUAUGUGCUUCGAUACAGAUACAUGUGAUAAACUAUCAAAAAUAUAUAAGAGUGAUGAUGAAUGUAGAAAUUAGAUUAAGACUUGCACUACAAAAGCAGAUGGAGGAUGCGUAGAAAGCGGAGAAAAUUGCAGUGAUUAAUUAUUAAAAAUCUAAUGUGUUUGGAAUAAAUUAAAAACUAUUCGAUGCUUUUGGGAUGGUAUUUCAUGCAAGGACAAAAUUUGCGACAAUGCACCAUCAACAUUAACAACAAAUCUUGACUGUGAAUAAUUCUUAUAAGGUUGUAUUACAAAAUCAAAUGGAGGUUGUGUUUAGAAUGGAGCUUGUUCAGUUGCUAAUAUUUAAAUUGCUUGCAUUAAAAACUCAAAUAAUGUUGAUUGUUUUUGGAAUGAAACUUGUUUAGAAAAAACUUGUAAUAAUGCUCCAUUAAGAUAUAACACUCAAGGUUUAUGCUAAGAAUUUUUAUAAAUUUGUUCUGUAAAGGAAGGAGGAGGAUGUUAAAAUAAGAUAUGUUCGGAUGCUCCACGAAAUUUAAUUACUAAUGGUGAUUGUGAAAAUUAUUUUCCUGGAAAUAAUUGUAUAACUAAAAUACAAGGAGGAUGAAUAAAAAAUAGUACAUGUAGUGCAAUUAGUUUAGAAGUUGCUUGCAUUAAGGAUUUUAAUGGAUAAGAUUGUUUUUGGGAUUCUAAAAGUGGAAAUUGUAAAUUAAAAACAUGUGAGAAUGCUCCAGAAGAUAACAACACUCAUGAACUCUGUUAAUAAUUUUUAGUAAUAUGCACAGUUAAUUCAAAAAACACAGGUUGUAUUGAGAAAACAUGUGAGAAUUCGCUGAGUCAAUAAAUUUGUGAUAAAGAUAUCAAUAAUAAAUAAUGUAUUUGGAAAAAUAAAUGUUAUGAAAAAUAAUGUGGAUUUGCAUCAUUAACACUAAAAACUCAUUAGGAAUGUUAAAAUUAUCUUUCUAGUUGCACAUUAAAUAAUACUGGAUCAGGAUGCAUGAUAAUUCCACUGAAAUGUUAAGCAAUUGCUAUUUAAGAGAGUUGCUAAAUUAAAGCUGAUGGUUAACUAUGUGGAUGGACUGGAAAUUAAUGUAUUGAUAAAUCUUGUUCUACAGCUCCUAAAAUAUUAAGUACUACUUAAUAAUGUUAAGCAUAUUUAUCAAAUUGUGUAUCUAAUUAACCUUUUAAUGGUUGUUAAGAUUUACCUUUAAUUUGUGCAGCUAGAAAAUCAUUUGAUAAUUGUGAAAUUUGAAGAGUUGGAUUUCCAAAAUGUCUUUGGGUUUCAUAAACAAUAUCUUGUGUUGAAAAAUCUUGUGCUACUGCUAAUAUUCAAGGAACAACUGGAGCAUUAUCUAAUUUCACAUUAUAAGACUGUCAAAAUUAUUUGAAUGGUUGUGUUUCAAACACUUCUUCAGAUGGAUGCAUACUCCAAUCAUUGAUAACUUGUUCAAACAUUAAUAAGUAAAAUCACAAUGAUUGUUAUAAUACAUUUAAUUAAUGUACAGUUAAUAAUGAAGGAACUUCAUGUUAAUAAUUAGAGACAUUAUGCUCCAAUUAUUAAACAUCAGAAAAUUGUAGAUUCACUUAAUUAAAUAAAAAUUGUAUUUGGACUGGUUAAGUAUGUAGAAAUGCAAUUUGUACUGAUGCUCCUGAUACUACUUCUUAUGAUACUGAUGAAGAAUGUUAAGCUUAUUUAACAAUUAACGAGAGUUGUACUGUAAUUGAGAAAGUGGGAUUUAAAGGAUGUGUCCAAAAAUUAUCAAAUUGCUAAGAUUAUAUGUCAUAAUCCUAAUGUCAUUAAACAAUCACUAAUAUAACUGCAAAUGAUGAUUGUAAAUGGAUUAUUAAUAAGUGUUAUUCUAUAUCAACUUUCACAGGACUUUGCUCAUCAUUUAAAGGUACAAAAGAAAUGUGUGAAGCAUAUAAAUAAGGAUGUACAAAUGAUAUUCAAGCGUCUUCUUAAGUCAAUUGUAUUUUAGAUUGCACGUUGAAAAAGAAAACUGAUAAAAAUUUGAGUUUUUAGGAUUGCCAAACAUUAGAUCCAACUUGUUCUGUUAGAAAAGAUGGAUCCAAUUGUAUUAAAAUGUUGAAUAGUUGUGAUGGAUAUGGAUAGAUAUAAGAAAAUUGCUUUAAAUCAUCCAAAGGAUAUUGUGUAAUGAAUGACAAUUCUACUUGUUAAUCAAUCACUAAAGCGUCUGAUUGUAAAUUUUUCACUGGUUUUGCUGGAUUAGAUCAUAAUCAAUGUUAACUUUAUCAUAAAUCAUGUACAUCUUUAGAUGAUGGUAAAGGAUGUUAAGAAUAUCAGAAAAAAUGUUAAGCUUAUUCUGAACCAAAUAAUUGUACAAUUUCAUAUGAAGGAAAAUGUUAUUUCAUUGAUUCCUAUUGUACUCGUUUUUCAAUAUGCUAAUCAAUAAAAAAAUCAAGUGAUAUAUUGACUAAUACUAUCUGUGCUAAUUAUAAUAAAGAUUGUACAACAAAUCUUGAUGGAAGUGCUUGCUAAGAAAGAAAAGAAACUUGUUUUGAUUAUUGGAAUGACUAAAAUGCUUGCACAUUUUCAAAAUCUGACAAGAAAUGUUAUUGGACUGGCUAAAAAUGCAUAAAUAUUGAAAAUCCUUCUACUGAUUGUGGUAAAAUAAAUAGAACUGAUGGCGACUAUGAAUUUAAUGCAACAUGUACCUCACAUCAUGAAGAUUGCAUCGGCAACUAUAAUUGGGGAAGUUGUUAAGAAAAAAAAUCAACAUGUGAUGAAUAUAAAUCCUAAGAUCAAUGUUCAAUUUCUAAAGCUGUUUUUCCUUUUAAUUAAUGUACAUGGGAUGAUGAUUAAUGCAUUGCUUCUUGCUCUGUAAUAACAACAUAGGAACAAGGAGAAUUGGAUGAUGCCAUAUGUGCUUCAUUUAAUAUAGAUUGUACUGUUAAUUAUGAUGGCUCUAGAUGUGAAAAAAGAUAAUCAACUUGUAAUGACUAUUGGUUUAAUGACUGUACAUUUUCUAAAGCUUCUCCUCCUAAUAAUAUAUGUAUUUGGACUGAUGAGGGAUGCAGGCCUUUUCUUAAUGUUUCUACUGAUUGUUAUAGAAUAAAACAACUUUAUGGCAAAUUAAGUGCUUCAAAAUGUGCCUCAUAUCAUUUAGAUUGCACUUCACUUAGUGAUGGUACAGGAUGCCAGUAAAAGAAAGCUGCUUGUAAAGAAUACAUAGAAUAAAAUGAAUGUGUUUAAUAAACUGAUGGUAAAUAUUGUAUAUGGUUUGAAAAUUAGUGCAAUAUUAUUUCAGCUACUAGCUGUAGUAUAAUAAAAAAAUCUGAUCUUAAUCAUUCUAAAUGUCAAGCAUAUAAUUUAUCUUGUACUGUUAAUUUUGAUGGUACUUCAUGUUAAGACAACAGAAAAUUGCACAAGAAGUGUUUAAUCUAAAUGUUAUUUAUAGAAUUCAAAUGAUUCUAAAACUUGUAUUACAAUUUCAGAUGUUAAGACUGAUUGUUCAAAAAUUAAGGGAGAAGCAGGAACUAUAAAAUACGAAUAUUGUUAAUCAUUUAAUAUAGGAUGCAGUGUGA